AUGUCUUCGCUGUCACCGGCAUUGUCCUAUAAGAAACCUCGAAAAGAUCACAUAUCGUCAUCUUCUUCUACACCUACAACGCCAAUCUUGAAUACUAGCUCCCCCAACUUGUCUAUUGCUUCCUCGACUGAUUCAGCGGUGACAGAUGCACGACAUCCGCAUCUGGUACAGCAAAACACACAUCGCAAAAUUUCAAAUAGGCGCAAAGCUUUACAAGAGUUUUAUCACUUACAGCUGAAUAAACAACAAGAAACUGAUGCAGGGUCUGGAACAGGGUUAGGAACAGGGGAGAAUAAUUCUUCCACCCUCAAAAGUCCAGCAUUACGCUCUACCGCGGCUGCUGUUGCCAAUCUGAAUUUGGAUCAUCACAAAAUUGACACUGUGGAGGACAUCGGAAAGUUUAUAGAAGAUUCAUCAAUGGUUGAAAUUUUGAAACUUCGAAACUCCCUUCAAGCAAAGAUAAAUUCUUCAAAUCAACGUAAGAAGGAAAUAAUGUACGAUAAUUACCACGAAUUGAUCAAAUUGAGCAAAACAUUGAGUAAAUUUUGUGAGUCAAAAGUAUCAAUGUCUUUUCAGCCCGAAUGUGUAGAUAAUUUGAGUGGAUUCAAAAUAUUCAAACAAAACUCAGACUCGUCCGUCAACGAUGAAAUUGACUUUGACACAUAUAUGGAUGACUCCAUAAAGGAAUUAACUGGGUUCAAUGAAACUCGAGUGAAGAAAAUGACUUUGGGCGGGUUCGACCAAGUUCUUGAUCGUUUGAUUCAAGAUGCAGCCGAAUCAGAUACCAACGCUAGUAUCAUUGGUAUCAGCGAUAUAAAUGGAGGAAAUGACAUUGUAUCACAUGGUGACGAAGAGAAACCCCAAGUACUAGCAAAUGAAAUAGAUUACAUUUUGGGCCUACCGAAUAUGGAUUUGUCUGAAGAGGAAAAAGAACGGGCUCUUUCAACUAUUGAGAAAAGAUUGUGCAGUUUGGGUGCAGACACAACAUUGUGGCACAGGAUCAACCUUGUAAAGUUGCUGAUACUGUAA